AAAAUCAUCUCACUUAUAUAUAUUUCACCCUUUCUCCCAUCCUUCUUUACCACCAUGUGGAUAACCAUUUCCCCUCUCUUCCCUCUCUGAUCAUGGCCGCUUCCAAUCAUUUCCUCAUCGCCGCCGCCGUCGCUAUCCUCCUCAUCUGCCAUGCAGCCGCCGCCGCCACUCAAUCCUCCGCCUCCGAAUUCUUCUCCCUCGCCGGAAAACCACAGAGCUACUGCAACUUAACCGGAGUCUCAUGCGACGAUCUCCAAAACGUCGUGGAGCUCGACCUCUCCGGCUGGUCCCUCGCUGGAAGAUUACCCGACCAAAUAUGCACGUACCUCCCCCACCUCCGCAGCCUCCGCCUCGGCCCCAACACCUUCCACGGCCACUUCCCCGCCGGACUCACCAACUGCUCCCUCCUCGAAGAGCUCAACAUGAGCUCCAUGCACCUCACCGGACCCCUGCCCGACUUCUCCCCUCUCCAAAAUCUCAAAAUCCUCGACCUCUCCUACAACAUGUUCUCCGGCGACUUCCCCAUCUCCAUCACCAACAUCUCCCAAAUCGAAAUCAUCAACUUCAACGAGAACGCCGCCUUCAAUCCCUGGAAGCUGCCCGAGAAUCUAACGUCGUUAACCAAAUUAACGACGUUGAUUCUCUCCACCUGCCAGCUCUACGGCGCCCUCCCGCCAUGGCUCGGCAACAUGACCUCCCUCGUCGACCUCGAGCUGACCGGCAACGCCUACUCGGGCAGCGUCCCGCCCGAGCUCGGCCGCCUCCGCAACCUCCGCCAGCUCGAGCUCUACUACAACCUCCUGACCGGAGAGCUGCCCGCGGAAAUUGGAAACCUAACGGAGUUAGUUGACCUGGACAUGUCCGUUAACAAAUUUAACGGCGGCAUACCGGAAUCCAUCUGCCGCCUCCCCAAGCUCGAAUUCUUCCAGCUCUACAACAGCUGUCUCACCGGCGAAAUCCCCGCGGCGAUCGGAAAUUCAACCACUUUAAAAAUGCUCUCCCUCUACGGAAACUUCCUCACCGGCGAGGUCCCCAGGGACCUCGGCCGGUGGUCCCCACUCGCCGCGGUGGAGCUUUCCGAGAAUAAUCUCACCGGAACGCUCCCCGGCGGCAUGUGCAGCGGCGGGAGGCUCAAUUACCUCCUCCUUCUGAAAAAUGAUCUCUCCGGCGAGAUUCCGGCGAGUUAUUCCGACUGCAAAUCCCUCGUCCGUUUCCGCGUCAGCAAUAACAACCUCCAAGGGACCAUUCCAGAAGGUCUCCUCUCCCUCCCUCACGUCUCCAUCAUCGAUCUCGCAUACAACAAUCUCACCGCCGCCAUCCACAAAUCAAUCCGAUUUGCUUUUAAUCUAUCGGAGCUCUUCCUUCAAGGAAACAGAAUCUCCGGCGCGAUUCCGCCGGAGAUCUCCUUCGCGAGAAGCCUGGUGAAAAUCGAUCUGAGCUACAAUCAAUUGUCAGGGCCAAUUCCUUCCGAGAUGGGAGAUCUGAAGCAGCUGAACGUCCUUCUCUUGCAAGGCAACAUGCUGACAUCUUCCAUCCCUGAGACUCUCUCCCGCCUCACCUCUCUCAACCUCGUCGACCUCUCCAACAACCGCCUCUCCGGUGAGAUACCGGAGAAUCUCUCCGCGCUCCUCCCAAACUCGCUUAACUUCUCCAACAACCGCCUCUCCGGCCCCAUCCCCCUCCCUUUUAUGAACCAGGGCCUCCUGGAGAGCUUCGCGGGGAACCCUGGCCUCUGCGUGCUGGAAGGGUCUGGGCUGGGGUUCCCCGCAUGCCCUCAUUCGUACGGCCGGAGGAAGAUCAACAGCCUCUGGCUGAUCCUGAUCUCCCUGGCCGUAGUGAUGGUAGGGACGGCUCUCUACCUGCGGAGAUGGUUUAGCAGAGACAGAGUCGGGAUGGAGCACGAGGACUCUGUCUCUGCUUCCUUCUUCUCCUACGAGAUCAAGAGCUUCCAUCGCAUAACCUUCGACCAGCGCGAAAUCGUGGAGGCGAUGGUCGACAAGAACAUCGUAGGGUACGGAGGGUCCGGGACCGUCUACCGGAUCGAGCUCAACAACGGGGAGGAGGUCGCCGUGAAGAAGCUAUGGAGCCGGAAGAACAAACACUGGGACGAGGACGGUGUUGUUCUGGACAAGGAGCUUAAAACGGAAGUGGAGACGCUGGGGAGUAUCCGCCACAAGAAUAUAGUGAAGUUGUACUGCUAUUUCUCGAGUGCUGAUUGCAGCCUUCUUGUGUACGAAUACAUGCCGAACGGGAACCUCUGGGACGCCCUGCAUAAGGAGAAGGUCGUCCUCGAUUGGCCGAUACGGCAUCAGGUCGCCCUAGGAGUGGCUCAGGGACUGGCCUACCUCCACCACGACCUGAUGCCGCCUAUUAUUCACAGGGACAUCAAGUCAACCAAUAUCCUCUUGGAUGUUGACUACCAGCCUAAGGUCGCGGACUUUGGCAUCGCUAAAGUCCUGCAGGCCAGGGGAUCCAUGGAGGCCACCACCACCGUUGUUGCAGGGACUUACGGCUACAUAGCGCCAGAAUAUGCAUUUUCGUCCAAGGCGACGACCAAGUGCGACGUGUACAGCUUCGGAGUGGUGCUGAUGGAGCUAAUAACAGGGAAGAAGCCGGUGGAGGCAGAGUUCGGGGAGAGCAAGAACAUCAUAUAUUGGGUGUCGACCAAGGUGGAGACCAAGGAAGGGGCGAUGGAGGUGUUGGACGAGAGAAUCUCGGACUCGUACAAAGACGAGAUGAUCAAAGUGCUAAGGAUCGCCAUACGCUGCACGUGCGGAAGCGCAGCGCUGCGCCCCACGAUGAACGAGGUGGUGCAGCUGCUCAUGGAGGCGGACCCUUGCAGAUUCCGGUGUUGCACCAUUUCAAAUAAGGCCACACCAACUACCACCAACGCAAAGGACCAGUUCGAUUAGUCAUUACUUAAUUAUAACUAUUACAUAUAUUAAUCAUAAAUAUUAUACAUACAUGCAUGAUCAGUGCUAGUAACUAACUAUUCCAAGAGACCAACACCAGAGUUUUGCACCUUUUAUUUUUUCUCAGUAGUUAGUAGUGGGAAGAAUCUCAUACUUUUCUUGAUUUUCUGCACUUUUUCUGUCUUGGCCUAUUGUAAAUAUUUCAGCAUUAUGAUAUGUAUAAAAUUGCUUUAUGGCAA